UCUCAGUAUUGGAGAAGAUGUCCCGCAUCAGCUUAUAAAAAGGCCCAUAUCGCUGCACUAAUGGAAGACCAGUCCUUACCUUCUCUUCUAAAAGGUUGAAACUGUCGGUAAACAUAGUGACAUAUUCUCCCAAGCAGAUAUCUUCUGGAAUCGACUCCACACACCACAUCAAUCCUCAUCAUGUCGCUCGCAACACUUGACGCCACCCAGCAUCCCAACCUCCCAGCAUCCGCAGCAACCCUCUUCAAAGCUAAGGCCCAGAAGAAGCUCAGCUUCGAGCAAAUCGCCCAGCACAUCGGCCGCAAUGAAGUAGCCACAGCAGCCCUCUUCUACGGCCAGGCAAAGGCCUCCCCAGAAGACAUCCAGAAACUCUCAGAGCUCCUCGAUAUCUCACCCCAGGUUCUCGAAGAGCAGCUAAGCGGCUUCCCGGACCGUGGUCGCUCCGUUGAGAUGCCACCGAAGGAGCCCUUAAUCUACCGGUUGUAUGAGAUUGUGCAGAACUACGGGUAUGCGUACAAGGCUGUUCUCAACGAGAAGUUUGGGGAUGGGAUUAUGAGCGCUAUUUCAUUUUCGACCAAGGUGGAAAAGGAGACGGAUGCGGAUGGGAAUAAUUGGGCUGUCAUUACUCUGAGGGGCAAAUGGUUGCCUUUCUCUCGUUUCUGAUGGGGAUAUGAUAUGAGAUUGAGAUUGAGAUUGAGGUUUGUCAAAAGUCAAAGGAAGGUUUUCCAAUAUGAAUAGGUAUACAAUAUAUGGUAGCACAUCUCCAGGGAUGUGUAUAGUUGGAGGAGCACUACGUUACGAGCACUCAAAGUAGUAAACUUGUGGUCAAUACCAAUU